AUGCCGUAUCCUCCUGUCGGUCUAGCUUUGCAACCUGUCCCUACUCUGCCUGUCCCUACUCUACCUAUCCCUACUCUACCUACCCCUGUCGCAGUCAAGUCAGAAGACUUGUAUGAGCGUGUCGGCCAAGUCGGUGAAGGAACCUAUGGCAAAGUAUACAAGGCCAGGAAUAAGCAGACAGGAGAAUAUGUCGCUCUGAAGAGGAUUCGCAUGGAGGCUGAAAAGGAUGGGUUCCCUAUUACCGCUAUGCGAGAGAUCAAGUUGUUGCAGUCAUUGAGCGACCGCCAUGUCGUUAGCCUGAAGGAGCUCAUGGUUUCUAAAGGCGCAGUCUACAUGGUGUUCGAAUACAUGGAUCACGAUUUGACUGGAAUCUUGCAGCAUCCCCAGCUAAAGUUCCGCCCUGACCAUGUCAAAUGUCUUAUGAAACAACUUCUGGAGGGUCUUGGAUUUCUGCACCACAAGGGCGUCCUUCAUCGCGACAUCAAAGGAUCUAACCUGCUGGUGAACAAGUUGGGCGAGUUGAAGCUCGCUGAUUUUGGUCUGGCAAGACUAUUUCAGAAAAAGCGAAAGCGGGACUACACGAACCGGGUGAUCACCCUGUGGUAUCGGCCACCUGAACUCAUUCUUGGAGCGACGGCAUAUGGUCCAGAGGUUGACAUGUGGAGCGCUGGGUGCAUCAUGGUCGAGCUUUUUACCCGGAAACCGAUCUUUCAGGGUCAUAAUGAGAUCACGCAACUAGACCACAUCUGGAAAACGAUGGGCACACCGCAAAAGGAUACCUGGCCAGACGUUGAGCAACUGCCAUGGUACGAGCUCAUCAAGCAUGUCAGCUCAGAGUCGAGGCCGUCCAAAUUCAGAGAGAUCUUUGGCAGGAUCAUGAGCCCUGCAGCUCUCGAUCUAGCCGAAGCCUUGCUCAACCUGAACCCCAGGGGGCGCCCGACUGCUGUCGAGGCACUCACAAAGUUUGCGUACUUCACUGAGGAAGAGCCCGCUGCUUGCAAGCCUGAAGAUCUACCGAAAAUCGAGGGCGAUUGGCACGAGUAUGAGUCAAAGCAGAGAAAG